UUAAAUAAAAUAGGAAUGAAAAAAAGCCUAAAACCCUCCUUCUACCCUGAUCGAAUCGUCGCUUCCAUUUCUGCUCUUUCACAGUCAACAUGAACUCAGUCGCAAUGAGAUUCCUCAACCGUUUCAGAACUCCUUCUUCAAAUUUUCCCACAUCUUCAUUCGUGGCAAGUGCGCAAACAAGCUCGAAGUUUUGGUUAUCGACCGGUGCUUCUGAAGGUGACAACGAUGUUGAGAAGAACGAUGGAGAAGAAGAUGAUUAUGAUACGUUUUCUAAUGAAUUACAGCCCCAGGGUGUUGAUCCCACUCGAGGUUGGGGAUAUCGAGGCGUACAUAAGGCAAUAAUUUGUGGAAGGGUUGGGCAAGCCCCUGUGCAGAAGAUCUUGAGAAAUGGGCGGACGAUAACAAUCUUUACCGUUGGAACAGGAGGGAUGUAUGACCAACGAAUUUUUGAUGGAAGAGAUCUGCCGAAGCCUGCUCAGUGGCAUCGUAUUGCUGUGCAUAAUGAACUACUUGGUGCUUAUGCAGUUCAAAAACUUUGUAGAAACGCGUCGGUUUAUGUUGAGGGUGACAUUGAGACCAGAGUCUACAAUGACAGCAUCAAUGGUGAAGUGAAAAAUAUUCCAGAAAUAUGUGUUCGACGUGAUGGGACGCUUCGCCUUUUAAAACCAGGAGAAAGUGCCAGCAAUAUUUCUCUAGACGAUUUAAAAGAAGGGUUGUUUUCGAACAAGACAUAACUAUCAAGCUUUCCAAAAACCUCAAUCAGUUGAAGUUUGUGUAGGGGCCAGAAAGAGAUGCUGUUAAUCGGCAUUCAAAGAUUGAGCCAUGGUUGAGUACUGAACCACCAAUCCCUUAUAAUCUCUUUCAUGUAAUUGUUUAUUAACAUUGUAGCAUUCUUUUCUUCAAGGCUUUAAGCCACCUUUGUGUUGGAUUGGUAAGGGAUUUUAUAGUUCACUAGAGCUGUCACUGCUUCAUCCCGAUUAAAGGCACCAUAACUUGAAAUCCACAGAUUAGACAGAGUUCAAUAGUCUUUCACAA